GAUGACGAGUCCUCUCGGUAAAUUGUUUCUCAUAUAAAUAUGAGUGAGACAACUUUGUACUCUUAUUCCUAAAAUAUGCAAGGAUUCGUAGUGUUCGCGGUUCUUCUGCUAAGUCAGGUGGUUUUUGGCACAUACAUCAAAACUGACUCGUACACGUACGGGGACCUGGAGUUCAGCAAGAAGGUGACUGUCGAGUUUCGCUACAGCAGCGACCUGCUGACGUACAAUGACGCGGCAAAGGAAUGCCAGAGCCUCGGAGAGGGGUGGACGCUCAUGAACCAGGUGGCGCUGCCAUUCGUCGUACAGAAGAUGUUUGCGCUUGUUGUACCCGCGGAUAUCUCCGAAGUCUGGGUGGACAAUUACGACAAGGACGCCACCUGCAUGAUAGUCACUAGAACUGAGUCAUACACCUCCAAGACGGGGCAACCAGCGGAGGGUUGCGCUGGGACGCUGCGCCGCGCUGUUUGUAGCAAGACCACAAGGGUAGCCGUCGAUCCAAGUACAUUGCAAUAGGUUGUAAAUAGACUGUAUGGGCCUACAGCUACAAGUGACAUUCCAAUUUGUCCAAACUUCAUUAAACUAAAUAAAGGAGAAACAAAAUGGGAGUUUUGGUAUAUGGAAUGUGGCUUACACGUAAGUGGAAUGUAGCUUACACGUAAGUUGAAUGUGGCUUACGCAUAAGUGGAAUGUGGCUUACGCGUAAGUGGAAUGUGGCUUACGCGUAAGUGGAAUAUGGUUAUAAACACUGCCACCUUGAGUAUGCCUCCCGAGGAAAAAUCUUUUCUUUCAGACCAAGCAGGAUUUCAGAAGUCUGAGGAGACGCAAAUAGUUAUGCAAAUCCGCCCGCCUGUAUUGUGGCCAAGAGAGAAGGGAACUCCACUGAAGUCAAAGAACCAGAGACUGGGUGUGCCGGGAAGCUGUACAUGGCUGUAAGUAGCAGAACCACCAGGGUAGCAGAAGAUCAAAAAAAAUUUGGUAAACACCAGUAGGAACAUGAUGGGGGGCUUUAUAAUCUGAACCCCGCACAUUCAGCAAAUGAAAAAUGCAGUCAAGGCUCGGAUGCCAACUUCUUCUACCAAUAGGAGAAAGUGUCUCCAGAGUGUGCAGGCCUUGAGAAGCAGACAUACACCCCGAUUUCCUCAGGAUGCAUACCAAUCAGCAAAUUAAAACACAAAAAAACAUACUUGAGCAAUAAAUACUUUAUUUAUUCCACUUCAUGUGUUCUCAUAUUUAUUAUUUACAUUAUUUCUUUAACCCUCUUUCUUACACAUGCCACACUUACAUGUUGUUCCAAAAAAACUUUGGAAAAUUAGAUAAUUUUCUAUCAAAAC